AAUGAUUCGAUUUCCAAUUUACACGUGAUACACCAUGAGCCAAUUUACACAUUCAAUAAAAGUGCCCACCCAAUAUAAAGCAACAGCCAAAAUAUUGAAGGCGGCUAUCGAAAAACAAAAAUCAAUAAAAUCCCUUAUAUUUGAGGAAAAGCAUGCGCGCGUACGAAGCUUGCAGGCAGUUCUAAAACAUUACAGUGACAACAGAGGAGCUGUUGACAACGCCAUCGAAGAGACUGGGUUACUCAAAGAUAAUCCAAAUUUAGACUCGGCAUUAGCCAAAGUGCUUGUCACCGAACUGAUUUUCGGACGCGGAGAACUUAACGGGGAAAGCAGACCGGUGCAAACAGUGCGCUUGUAUAAGGAGCGAUUGCAACAGGCAAUAAGCGGUGCAGAAUACCAGAAGAAAGAGCCCAAUCCACGCUAUGUACGCAUCAAUACCAAUCUGCUCAGUAUUGCCGAUGCCCUGGAUUAUUUAUAUGGCGAGGAGUGGCGUCGCAAACAGCUGGCAGCAGACGCCACAUACGCUGACUUUUUGGUUGCCAUACGCACAUUGGAAGAGGAUGAGUUCCUGAUGGACAUUCAUGUGGAAGGGGUGUUAAUAUUCCAUUCCAAGUGGAGUCACUACUGGGCCUCGCACGACUAUGUUCGCAGCAAAAAGUUCAUAUUGCAAAACAAGGCCACCUGUUUGGCUGCUGAACUACUAGCACCACCGGUUGGGUCAACUGUAUUGGAUAUGUGUGCAGCUCCAGGCAUGAAAACUUUGCAUCUUUGCAAUGUAAUGCAGAACCAAGGCCGCAUCUAUGCCGUAGAACAAUCUAAGGAGCGCUACAAGGCCUUAUGCGACAUCACCAACGAAGCAGGCUGCCAAAUAGUCACGCCCAUACUGGGCGAUGCUCUAACCAUGGAUUCUACAAAAUGUCCAGACGUCGAGUACGUUUUAGUAGACCCUAGUUGCUCCGGUAAUGGAAUGCAAAGCCGCAUCAGCGUGUGUGAUGAACAGAAGGACGACAAGCGUCUAUAUAAACUGGCUGGGCUGCAAAUCAAGAUUUUGUCCCAUGCCAUGAGCGCUUUUCCAAACGUUAAACGCAUUGUCUACUGCACAUGCUCCCUUUGGAAGGAGGAGAAUGAACAAGUGGUUCAGCGCUGCCUCCAGCUAAAUCCUUCAUUCAAGCUGCUCAGUUGCAAGAAGGCACUGCGAAAUAAGUGGCAAAACGUGGGCGACAAGGAGUACGUCAAAAUCGGAAAAAAUUGUUUAUACUGUCUGCCGGAUCAUGAUCUUACCGAUGGCAUCUUUUUGGCGAUGUUCGAAAAACGCCAAGAAAACGACUGCGAGUAGUCUUAGCGAAAAUAGACGGAUAUAGGUUAACAAAUUACUUUAUUUGACAUUUUGCCAUUAAAUUCAACUUCAAUUUA